GCCCCGCGGUGGGCAGGGAACAGGGUGGAGUCUGAAGUCGGAGGGAACGUGCCCGCUCUCGGGUCCCCAGAGAUGCCGCCGCCGCCGCUGCUGUCGCUGCUGCUGCUGCUGCCGCCGCUGCUGGACGUGCAGCCUGCCGGGGCCACGCUGAUCCGGAUCCCUCUCCGCCGAGCCCACCUUGGACCUGGGACCCUGAAGCCACCGAGGAGAUGGGUGGAGCCAGUGGCACUCCCCGGGUGGGGAACCGCAGCAACUGAGGGCAAGCCCAUCUUUGUGCCUCUCUCCAACUACUUGGAUGUCCAGUAUUUUGGGGAAAUUGGGCUGGGAACGCCCCCGCAAAACUUCUCUGUCGUCUUUGACACUGGCUCCUCCAAUCUCUGGGUCCCGUCCAAAAGAUGCCACUUCUUCAGUGUGCCCUGCUGGUUACACCACCGCUUCGACUCUGAUGCCUCCAGCACCUUCCGGUCCAAUGGGACCAAGUUUGCUAUUCAAUAUGGAACUGGGCGUCUAGAUGGCAUCCUGAGUGAGGACAAGCUGACUAUUGGGGGAAUAGAGGGUGCAUCGGUGGUUUUCGGAGAGGCCCUGUGGGAGCCCAGUCUGGUCUUCACUUUUGCCCACUUUGAUGGAAUUUUGGGCCUCGGCUUUCCCAUUCUGGCUGUGGGAGGAGUUCAGCCCCCGCUGGAUGUACUGGUGGACCAGGGGAUACUGGACAAGCCUGUCUUCUCCUUCUACCUCAACAGGGACCCCGAAGAGGCCGAUGGAGGAGAGCUGGUGCUGGGGGGCUCAGACCCCACACACUAUAUCCCACCCCUCACCUUCAUGCCAGUUACGGUCCCUGCCUACUGGCAGAUCCACAUGGAGCGCAUGCAGGUGGCCACGGGGCUGACUCUCUGUGCCCGGGGUUGUGCAGCCAUCCUGGACACAGGCACGUCCCUCAUCACGGGCCCCAAGGAGGAGAUCCGGGCCUUGCAGAGGGCCAUUGGGGGAUUGCCCCUGCUGGUGGGUGAGUACCUCAUCCAGUGCUCGAAAAUCCCAGAACUCCCCACAGUCUCCCUCCUCUUUGGGGGAGUCUGGUUCAACCUCACGGCCCAGGACUAUGUUAUCCAGAUUGCUCGGGGAGGCGCCCGCGUCUGCCUGUCCGGUUUCCAGGCUCUAGACAUGCCUCCACCCGCGGGGCCUCUGUGGAUCCUCGGCGACGUCUUCCUGGGGGCCCACGUGGCCGUCUUCGACCGCCGGGACAAGAAAGGAGGCGCGCGAGUAGGGCUGGCGCGUGCUCGGCCUCGCGGGGCGGGGCGGCGAGGGGGCGGGUCUGCGCAGGCGCGGCUCUCCGGGUGACGGCUUGGCAGGCGCAUGCGUGCUCGGGCCCCGCAACCCAGUAAAAUUCCAUUUCCAAGCA